UGGGGUUUUAGUUUUGUUCUUCUUCUAGCUGGUUUCCCUGACCAUAAGCCACUAAAGCAAAAGAACAAGCAGAUGGAAGCCGGAGAUGGAGGCCGGAGAUGGAGGCGUUGACCGAGUCGUUGACUCGAAGGAUUUACAGCAACAAAGCAAAGCCUUCGAUAAACUCACCGACCGUGUCGAAGACCGCCAGCUCGAUUCUUCUCGUGCCCAAUCGGCCAUGGCAUCGAUUGCGGCCUCUGCCGAAGCUGAAAAGAAUGCUAUGAGAUUGAGGGAGAAAGAAUUAGCUGCUGUUAAGAUCAAUGCGGCUGAAGUGGACAUCAUUGCUAAUGAAUUAGAGGUUGGACAAAAGGGUGGCCGAGAGAACACUUCGUGAGCACAAGGGUGAUGC